UGGCCAAUCAGGUGCCUUGUGGGCGGGUCAUCGUCUUGCAAAACUAUCUCCUCCAAAUUGAACCUUUGUGAUCGUGAAUCUAGUUGAAGCUGAGUGAUAGUUGUUUAUGGAAACCCCUGUCGGACACUAUUUGGGAUCAUAUUUAUUCUCCGUUUGCGUUAGACUCCACGCGAGUCUCUCUACGAAAGCGCUAAAGUUAGCAGAUGAUAGUAGUCAGCUAAGUUAGCUAAGCUAGCUACCUAGGUGGAAGCAUGCCGAAUUUUUGCGCGGCCCCAAACUGUACACGGAAGAGCACACAGUCCGAUUUGGCUUUUUUUCGGUUUCCACGUGACCCAGAGAGAUGCCGAAUCUGGGUAGAGAACUGCCGCAGAGCAGACCUCGAAGCGAAAACAUCGGACCAGUUGAACAAGCACUACAGAUUAUGUGCCAAACACUUCGACCCAGCGAUGGUGUGCAAAACAAGCCCCUACAGGACUGUGUUGAAGGAUACAGCCAUUCCAACCAUAUUUGAUCUGACAAGCCAUCUAAAAAAUCCUCAUACCAGACAUCGCAAGCGGAUUAAAGAACUUACUGAAGAAGAUCUGAGGAAGAUUAAAGAAAGGAGAUUGGCGUCUUCUAUUGAACAGCUUGCUUCCAAAAAAGAUGCAGUUGAGGACAGCACAAGCACCACUGAGGAUGAGCCGCAACUGUCCACAGAGGAAAAGGAGUGUCGUGAAUACCUGCGGUCGCUGUUUGAGGUCGUGGUCAUGUUAGGAAAGCAGAGUAUCCCGUUAGCGGCUGGCAAAGCAUCUGAAGCUGAAUACAUGUCGAACAACUUCCAGGCCCUUCUCGAUUACCGCAUGAACGCUGGUGACGAAGCUCUGAAAAAGAGAUUUCAGGCGACGGCUGUGAACACGGAAUACGUCUCUGCAACCCAGCAGAACCAGCUGUUGGACAUCUGCGAGAACACGGUGAGAGAGGAGAUGCUGAUGGAGGUGAGAGAGAGCCGCUUCUUCUCCCUAGUGUCGGGGGACCUUGUUGAGUUUGCCAACGAGAAGCACCUGCCUUUGUUUGUACACUUUGUGAAUCAGCACAACGUCCUCAGAGAAGAGUUUUUGGACUUCAUAUCUUUUGAUGGCGAUGAGUCGGCGCUGGUGGAGAGGCUGGAGGCCCAGCUGACCGACCGCUGGGGGCUCAGCAUGGAGGACUGCCGUGGGCAGGCCCACAAGGCCACCGGGACGUCUACCACCAAGAUGAAAGCGGUGGCAGUGUUGCUGAUGGAGAAGUACCCUCUGGCGUUGCACAUGCCUUGCUCUCACAUGGCACUGAACGUCCACCUGGCCAACAGUCUGCCUUUUCCCAAUGUCCAGGUGGUCAUGGAGACUCUGAGAAGGAUUGGCGCUUUUUUCAGAACCCCGUUCACACAGGAGGAACUUGAAAAAGCCGUCUCUACUCACUACCAGAAGAACGAAGAGAAAGGAGCUUCGCUGAAACAAGCCUGUGCCUCAGGAUGGACCGAGCAGCACAACGUCUUCGAUGUGCUGCUGGAUAUGCUGCCGCCCCUGCUGCUGUGCAUGGACGGCAUCCGGGACAAUGAUGAGGGGAAGUUUGCCGACACUGUUGCAGCGAAUGCGUAUUCAGUCGCGGAAACUCUGUCCGACUUUGAGAUCAUCGUCACCGUCGUCAUCUUAAAGAAUGUCCUCACAUUCACCAGAGCCUUCGGGAGGAAUCUGCAAGGGGAAACACUCGAUGUGUUUUUUGCCGCCAACAGCCUCACUGCUGUCCUCCAUUCAUUAAACGAGGUCAACGACAACAUCGAUGUCUACCACGAGUUCUGGUACGAGGAGGCGGUGAGCGUGGCCAACGUCAUGGAGAUUCCCGUGAAGGUGCCGAGGUUGUUUCUAAGGAAACAGCGUGCGGCCGAUGUGGGUGAAAUCCAAGCGGAGGCGUAUUUUAAGGAGUAUGUGACCGUCCCCGUUAUCCACGGCAUCAUGCAGGAGGUGGAGGACAUGUUCUCCGAGACCAACCUCAAAGCUCUCAAGUGCCUGUCCCUGGUCCCAGCCGUCAUGGGGCAAAUGAAGUUCAACACCACCGAGGAGAACUACGCAGACGUGUACCGCAACGACCUCCCCAGCCCGGACACGCUUCCUGCAGAGCUCCACUGCUGGAGAAUCAAGUGGAAGCACCGGGGCAAAGAGGUGCGCCUGCCCACCACCAUCCACGAAACCCUUCAGCUGCCAGACGUCAAGUUCUUUCCCAAUGUGAACUCUUUCCUCAAGGUGCUUUCCGCCUUGCCGGUGCUGAAACUAGAGGACAACAAAAGCGACAAGGCGAGCGACCGGCUGCAGGCUCAUCUCGACAGCGUGCCCGCUAAGCAGUGGAACAAAAGUCUGGCGAUGCUGAACGUCAACACUCAUGUCAAACAUGACUUGGAUGUCAUGGUAGACAAAUAUUGCAGACUCUAUCCGGAGGACGAUCCUGAGACUGAUGCUGGGGAAGUGGCUGAAGCUGAGGCUGGGGAAGUGGCUGAAGCUGAUGCUGGGGAAGUGGCUGAAGCUGAGGCUGGGGAAGUGGCUGAUGCUGGGGAAGUGGCUGAAGCUGAUGCUGGGGAAGUGAUUGAGGAAGAAGCUGUGACGAAAUGAUUUGACACAAACACCGAGCUCGCUCAGCUGUUCUGGGACAAAAGUGAAGGAAACAGAUAUGCUGUCGGUCAUAAAAACAUCCUCAUUUGGUCGCUCGUUGAUGUUUUGAUGUAUGUGCACAUGGAUAUGAGAGCUAAUGAUUUUAAUGGUUUUGUUAAGAGAUGAUGGAUCCCAUUUGUUCAGUCCUGAUGAUUCGCAGAAAAAAAAGAAAUGACCCGUGUUCUUAUUGUAUGUAGUAAAAAAAUAAUUUGCAAAUCUGCCAUAAACAGCUCAUUUACUG